AUGGCCACUCAGCAGAACGGCCAUCCAGCUGCCCGACAGCAGUCGCAGCAGAUGCAGAUCCAACCGUGUCGCUACAAGACGGGAAAGACGCUGGGUGCGGGAUCAUACUCGGUAGUCAAAGAAUGCGUACACAUCGACACUGGGCGAUACUAUGCGGCAAAAGUUAUCAACAAGCGUCUUAUGGCCGGAAGGGAGCACAUGGUGCGGAAUGAGAUCGCCGUGCUCAAGAGAGUGUCAAUGGGCCACCAGAACAUCCUCACGCUGGUGGACUACUUCGAAACGAUGAACAACUUGUACCUUGUCACCGACCUCGCCCUGGGCGGCGAGUUAUUUGACCGCAUAUGUCGCAAAGGCAGCUACUAUGAGAGCGAUGCAGCAGAUCUUGUCCGAGCCACAUUAUCCGCCGUAGCGUACCUGCAUGAUCACGGCAUCGUACACCGCGAUUUGAAGCCUGAGAACCUCCUCUUCCGGACGCCCGAAGACAACGCAGACCUCCUGAUUGCCGAUUUCGGCCUCUCAAGGAUCAUGGACGAGGAGCAGUUCCACGUCUUGACCACAACGUGCGGCACACCCGGCUACAUGGCGCCAGAGAUCUUCAAAAAGUCGGGGCACGGGAAACCAGUCGACGUCUGGGCAAUAGGCGUCAUAACCUACUUCCUCCUCUGCGGCUACACCCCCUUCGACCGCGACUCCAACCUCGAAGAAAUGCAAGCCAUCCUCGUCGCCGACUACUCCUUCACCCCGGUCGAAUACUGGCGCGGCGUCUCCCAAGCCGCGCGCGAAUUCAUCAAACGCUGCCUCACGACCGAGCCCACCGCCCGCAUGACCGCCCACGAAGCCCUCAGCCAUCCCUGGAUCGCUGACACCAGCGACGACCAGAUGGGCGAGGACUUGCUGCCAACUGUUAAGAAGAACUUCAAUGCGAGGAGGACGCUGCAUGCGGCGAUUGAUACGAUUAGGGCGAUCAAUCAGCUCAGGGCUGGUGGCGGGGCGGCAAUGAUGGAUGGAGCGCUGAGCAAGGAUCCAACGAAGGCGGCCAGAGGAGGGUUGCAAAGGGAGCAGAGCGAUAGGAUGGAGAUUGAUAGUCGGGGGAAUGCGAGGGGCCAGACGGAGGAGAUGAUCAGGGAGCAGGAGAGGAGGAUCAGGGAGAUGCAGCAGGGAUUGUGGAAUCAGCGAUGA